AGUGAUGACAUCAGAGAGCGCCGCCACCGCCGACGCCAUGAACAGCGUAGGGGAGGCUUGCACCGACAUGAAGCGUGAGUACGACCAGUGCUUCAAUCGCUGGUUUGCCGAGAAAUUCCUCAAGGGGGACUGCUCCGGGGACCCGUGCACCGACCUCUUCAAGCGCUACCAGCAGUGUGUUCAGAAAGCAAUAAAGGAGAAGGAGAUUCCUAUUGAAGGACUGGAGUUUAUGGGCCAUGGCAAAGAAAAGCCUGAAAGCUCUUCUUGACCUUGACAGUCACCUUGAAAAUGGACUCCUCAAAUCAGGAAAUUGAGGACUCUGGAUCAUGUCAGUUAAAGCUGUGAAGAUAGCAUCGAUUUGAUGAAUUUAGGAGAGAGGAGUUUCCUGUCCUCCUUCUUGAUAUUUUUCUCUCAUUUGUAAACGAUGAAAAAAAUCACUCUUUGCUUUGAAAUUUCUGGCUUUGGCAUCAGCAGGAACUCAAUGUGCUAAAUAAUGGGAUUAUGGUUGCAAUACUUGGUCUGGGAUCGGUUUUAAAUAUACCUUGUAUGUAAAUGCUGAUAAGCUUGUCAGGAUGACCAAGGCUGCCAGAGUUAUGCUUCGAAGGACAUUACUUGUACACUGUACUGGGGUUAUUGUUCAUGGAAGCAACUGGUUAGGAUCUCUCUUUUCUCUCAGGGAGAUAAUGCUUUGGAAAGGGUUCCCAGCACAACAGUUUGGAUCAAUGCUUGGGAGCACAGUUUUAUUUUUAUAUAGUAACUUAACUGUUACGAUUGCUGGUGGACUGGGUUAGCCAAGAGGAAGACAGCUUUUAACAGUUCCCUACCUUAAGAAGAGGUGUCAGAUCUCAUAUUAAGAUGUGAAAGCUUCAAGAACACUGUGAACACCAUCUCAGAGCUCAUGGUGUAGUUCAGCAAUUAAGAUCCUUGGAGUGGCUAUGCAGGAUCCUAAAUUGCAAAGAUUUGCUGUUGCCAGCUUUCAACUUAAGUAAAUGAAUUAAGUCAACCUGUGUAUCAUAAAAGUGCCAAAAUGCUGCAUCUGGUUAAAUGGGGGGAGAAAAGAGUUCACUUUGCCUCUUUUACCCACCCUGCCCUGUAAUGCCUGUAAUCAUGAAGAUGGAACAAAUUGUAA